AUGGAGGAGGAUGGACUUCUGGAGGAGACUGAACAUCUGGAGAUGGAGGAGAACAUCUGGAGGAGGAGAGUGAUCAUCUGGAGGAGACUGAACAUCUGGAGGGGGAGGAGGUGGAGGAGGUGGAGGAGGAUGGACUUCUGGAGUCCACCUCCAGAUGUUCAGUCUCCUCCUCUCCCUAUUAGGAGACAUCAGAUGGAGACUGAACAUCUGGAGCUGCUGGAGCUGCUGGAGAUGGAUCCACUGUGGAGAUUCUGGUGUCAAUUUCGUCUUUUAGGUCUGAGUAACAUCAUCGGUGUGAUCGUCUACAUCUCGGCCGCGCUGGGCGACAUCUCUCCGAAGAAGGACGAGGACAAGAAGUGGCAAUACUCGUACGGAUGGUCCUUCUACUUCGGCGGUCUGUCCUUCAUCAUGGCCGAGAUGGUUGGCGUCCUGGCCGUCAACAUCUACAUCGAGAAGAACAAGGAGCUGCGUUGCCGCUCGCGCACCGACAUAUUCAAGAGCACCACACAUGCCAUGCUGCGCCUGCCCAGCUACCGAUUCCGCCGCCGCUCCCGCUCCUCAUCCCGGUCCACCGACCCCUCGCGCUCCCGGGACCCCUCGCCCGUUGGAGGCAGCGGGGGGAAGAACUUCGGCCUGCCUCCGUCGGCGCUGCUUUCCCAGGGCCCCAUCUCGGUGUCCACCCUACCGAACCCCCACUCUCGCUCCCACACGGCGCUGGCCGGCGGUGACAUCUCCCUCUACACGCUGUCCCGAGACCCCAAGCUGGGGGGUUUGCCUCCGAUGUACGGAACGGUGGACAGGGCGACGCUCUACCAGCUGCACAACUGCUUCCCAAAGGACAGCGGCGCCGGAGGCGGGGUCAUGAUGAGCGGCACCCUCCCCUCGCUAAAGUCCCACAAUCCUUCCAACUCUUCCAACUCCAACACGCCGAUGCCGAACUCGGUGGGCUCUGGACCGCCGCCCUUCACCUCGUCCACGGUGGACCGGGAGCGAGGGAUGGGGACUCUGGACAGGCUGAAGGGCGACCGGGAGAGCAACUCCAACACCCUGAACCGCAAGACGACGCCUGUGUAAAGAGAGAAAAAGAUGAGGCGGGUGAGGAGGAAGGGAGAGAACGGGUAGAAGUAACAAAAAAAAAAACAAAACACAAAGCUAGCGAAGGAGCGCCGCGUCCACGUGGCUUGAAACGGCAGCCGGCGGGAAGCGCUGCAUCUCUCCCUCCAUGUUCACUGUUAUUUAGUCAAAUCUCACUGAGAACAAAAAGAAGAGUAAUAACAGAGCGAUAAUAACAACAACAAUGAACUCUCACAAUAAAACUAUUUUGAUAUUUUAACGUGCUAGAAAUGAUUUAUUUUGUUAAUGAUCAAACGCAAUUAACCUUGGGCUAUUAUGAAAAAUGUCUCACAUGAUUUUUUGUGCAAUACUUCUUCCGCUAAUUUAACCAGAUCAUCAUUAGUGUCGAAUUGUUGUUGUGAUUAUUCUUAGCGUUAUUACAGGCUAGACGUAUUUGCAAACACUAUAGUUUGGAAUGAAGAUUUUAAUUUCUCUUCUCUUUUUUGGACUUUUACUGUGAAUUUCUUCCAUGCGGAGCAGCUGGACCGCCGACCAGCGAGCUGUGUGUUACUGUGUCAAAGUGUCGAGCAUGAGUGUACACAACAUGUGGACGAAUGAGAGCCUGUAUUAUUUUUUUAACCCCCAUAUUACAUGAGUUUCAUUUAUAAUACAGUCAGAUGUGAAUACUGUAAAUUGUCUUCCAAUAUUGAUACCGAAAGAAAUGCAACAAUAACGCGAGCGACUGAGACGACUUCAUUGUUACGAGUUUUCUAUGGGCCUCUGUUAGUCUUAUUUCCAUUCUAAUCAGUGUUAACAGUAGUACUUGUAGCUAUAGUCGUGUUGAAGAUGUUUGUUCUUGGGCAUUAACAGGAACCUCCAAUCGGAGGAUGCAGAAAAAAAAUAGAAUUUGUACAGAAUCAGGUGAAGGUUGCUGCCUGAGCAGAAAAUAAAACAAAAAAUCAUGUUUUUUCUAUGACAAGUCCCAAAGUGACACAUGCAAAUCAUCAUUUUCAGUGGCAAAAAAAAACAAAACACAAUAUGUAUAUGUGGGCUGAGAGGGUUUAAAAAACACUGUAGAGAACUUUUCAGAACAUACGUGUACAUUGUAAUUUACGCAUAUUUGUAAAGUCUGUAGGUAGGUUUUUUUCGGGACCACUGUUCUAACGUUUCGGGCAGGGUGGACUCUGAUUGGGCGGUUUCAUCCCUGCUCCUCCUUCCUCCCGCCCAUAUUUGGUCACAUGAUCAGUGUUUACCCAAUCACGUCGCCGCGGAGACGAACCCCCCAAAGAUUCUGCUCACUGUGCUUCCUCAGCUUCCUGAACCUUCUGACCUGUUUGUGUUGAUGAGAAUGUAAACUCACAGAAACCCCGCCCCCUCCACCCCACCGACCCCACCCCCUACUCCAUCGCCGCGAGUGACUGCAGAUCAGGUGGUUACCGUGGAAACACCUGUAACGAUGAAAAACAAAACAACCAGACGCUUCCAGAUUCUCUAAGUUUUGAUUUCUUUGAUUUUGAGAAAAAGAAUAAUGUGAUAAAAACUGCACACAGAUAGCAUUUAUGUGGGCAACAUGAAUAGUAUGUAGUUGAGAAUAGAUAUAUCUAGAUAAAUGAUUAUGGUUUAUCUAAAUGUGUGAUAAACUUAAACACUGUAUUGCACGAAGUUUAUAAAAAAACAAUAACAGACCUGUUCACAGA